UUUUACUUUUUUUUUUUCUUUUUGCUAAGUGGUCUUUUACUUUGUAUGAAAUUCAAACUUCAAAGUAAUUAUAACUUAUCAAAUGAUGAACUAAGGCUAUAUGAAGACUGCUCCUAGAUAAAAAAAACUUAUAUUUUUUAGCUGCCGCAAGGCUUUAUUUUAUCAAGCCCUUUUUAUACAUUUUCUGUCAAUCCAUAUAGAUGCAAUAAUUACCAUGCUUGCGUAGUUUGGGCUCUAUGCCCCAUUUACCUUUCUCGAUCAUAACUGUAAAUCAACGUAGUACUGCCUACAUCGAUAAUAAUUGCUGUAGUACUAACUAUAUCGAUUAUUAUUUUCAAUUAUUGUAGUACUGGCCACUGGGAAAUGAUUGAAUGAAUUGUUUUAAAAGCAGCAUAGAGGCUCUUCACCCAUGAAUUUCCUAUACCGUAUACCCUAUAAAAAUCUGACAAUUUUUAAUAUGGGUAGAUAAGUAUGAAUGCAUCAUGUGAAGGUAAUACCUUUCUACAUUUAUAACUUAUAUUUGUAAUUUGAUAGUUUAAAUUAGAAAACUCUUACAAUCAGUUGUACAUAAUUCAUCCGAUUCUUUUAUGUUGUUUCCUCAUUUCCAUGCAUGGCUCCAGAAGAAUGUCUUAGUUCUUCGGUCCACGAAUCUAAAACCAAGUGAUAAGCUCAAAGUAAAAUCUAGAACGGGCUCGAGAGCCCAUUACGGGCUCUCGGGAGUCUAGAGUGGGUGCUAGAAGCCUAAAACAGGCACUGAGAUCCUAAAACGGGUGCCAGAAACAGAGCAAGAGCUUCCACAUACCAAGUUCCUAGUUCUCGAGUCCAAGAACCAAGAACUAGACUUCAAAAAUGAUCUUAGGUUGGAGGAACAAGUGUCAGAAGACAAGAACGAACAACAGGAGCAAAAAUGAAGCUCGUGGGACCAAGUUUUUAGUUUUAGUCCAAAAACCAAGAAUCAAGAACUAAAUCUGAAGUAAAACAUAGAAUGGACAAUGGGAAUGAAGACCAUGCUAUCAGGUUAAAGGACUAUAUCGAGGGGCAACGUCUUCAUUCUUUGGAAUGGCCUUCGAAAGUUCACUUAUUUUUGGUAUAUAUUCGCAAAGCAAAAAGGCACUUCAGGGAGGAAACCAGAGUGAUAAGCCACAGCCCAGUGUGAUAAUCCCUGCAGCAGCCUUUGGUGGAACAAUUAUCAGCUUUGUAUUAUGCCCAUCUGAGCUUGUAAAAUGUAGGAUGCAAGUUCAAGGCACUGACUCGUUGGUUCCAAAUAGCAGUAAAUACAAUGGCCCUCUUGAUUGUGUUGCUAAAACCUUUAAAAGUGAUGGGGUUACAGGCAUUUUCCGGGGAGGAUUCACAACAUUAUUAAGGGAAUCUAUUGGAAAUGCAGUAUUUUUCUGCACUUAUGAGCACUUACGUUAUUACAUUCAUGCAAAAUUAAAAGAUUCUUCACAUGAUCCAAGCAAUUUAAUUGAUAUAGGAGUUGGAGUAGUGACUGGUGGUCUGAGUGGUAUAGCUUUCUGGUCUGUUGUUCUACCGCUGGAUGUUGCCAAAACUGUUAUACAAACUACCCAGUGCAAAAGCUCAACAAGAAAUCCUUUCAGCGUUUUGAAAUCAAUACACGCGAGAGCUGGAUUAAAAGGUUGCUAUGCAGGUUUUGGUCCUACAGUUGUUAGGGCCUUUCCUGCUAAUGCUGCUGCAAUUGUCUCAUGGGAGUUGGCCGUGAAACUUUUAGGGAUCAAGCGAGAUUAGGAAUGUUUCAGAGUUUCAUCUCAGCCACUAAUCAUAUAUUAUCAUUGCUAUGGCAACAUGCUUUUGUUGCUGCUGUACACUCAUCCAAAAAUUUCAGAUUACUAUUCCUACCAAAAUUCUUCACUAAUUUCGGGAGAGCACUGUGCCAAUUACCGAAGUGAAAAUGACUUUUUUCAAGUGAGCAUGACUUUUUCUCUCAUUAGACGGUUUGUUUCAGAAGGAAUGAAGAAUUGCUAAUUUGGCAAGGCGAUUGAUGAAGUAUCUUGCUAUACUGUGAACGAAGUAGAUCUUAAAAGUAGGAGUAUUUCUGUUGUAUAGUAUUUCGCUAUCCCUUUCAGCGGUGGUAUCAGCCCUUAGCAAGAUGAAACAUUGGCGGGCCUUUAUAAGUUGCGUUUUCGUAUGCCCUUGAUUGGCUGAUUCUCCUGUGAUAGCAUCAUUGUCUUAGAUAUGCUGUUGCUCUUUAUUGGAAUAAGUGGUUUUGAGAUUUAUGUUUUCUCCAAGGCCUGGAAAUUCAUUCUCUAAUUCUUUGAAGCUUCAACACAACAUGUAUCAUAUCACAACAUAGUAGGGUGAUCAAAACAGGCGAUACUGCCGUGGAUAAUAGUGAAAAUUAAGCCUGUGCCUGUUUUUUCUAAAAGUAUCAUUUAAACCAAUAACUGUGUUUAUAUUUAUCAAACAGUUUUUUUACA